AUGUCUAUGGUUAGUCGGUGGAACACGUCACUUUUGCACCUACCAGGACACUCGGACGUAUUCCAAGGUUGUGGUUGGCGACAGAACGAUGGGCUAUCUGAACGCAUUACUGAAGACGACGACGUUAUUUUCGGGGAGUAUCCAUGGGUAGUGGCGAUUUUCAAAUAUGUAGCAAAGACGAAUUCUUAUGAAUACUGCUGUGUUGGUUCCCUUAUACAUCACAAAGUAGUUUUGACUGUGAAACACCACUUCAAGAAGCCAGCUCGUGUCAGAGUCAGAGCUGGAGACUGGGACAUAGUCGAAGAUUACGAGAUAUAUAACCAUCAGACCAGCGACGUUGCAAAUAUCAUCGGCCACCCUAAAUACAAACCGAGGAAUCCUAGUACCAGUAGCGUAGCUACCAAGGGGCUAGGCGGGGCAGUUCCCCGGGGCCCUCAAGCUCAGGGGGCCCUCGAAUCUUUACCAGAAAAUCUCAAUCGAACUCAACUUUUGAAAAUUUCUCCCAUUUUCAAAAUAAAUAUGACAGGCACGAAUGAGUAUGACGCAGCUCUACUCAUAUUGGCAACGUCGAUUAAUUUGGCACCCAACGUGGCAUUUGCAUGCCUCCCAUCUGCCUCUCAUGCCACUCCCUCCGGUACUCGCUGUCACGUCACCGGAUGGGGAUAUGACACCUUUUAUAACGGCAGCAUCCAAAACAUUUUAAAGCGGGUAGAAGUCCCAGUUGUAGGCAAUGCAAUCUGUCAGCAACAAAUAAGUACUGCACUAAGUAAAAGUAUCACACUCUCUGAUUCCAUGAUGUGUGCGGGGGGAGAGAAGGGGAAGGAUGCUUGUUUAAAAGAUGGUGGAGCACCCCUUGUAUGCCCUUACGAGGACCAAAGAGAACGCUAUUACCAAGCCGGCAUUGUAUCCUGGGGCGUCAGGUGUGGACUACCUAAUGUAUCAGGUGUCUACACUAGUGUGGCGAUGGUCCGCGAUUGGAUCGACAGCACCAUGAUUGAAUUGAAAUAUGAAUCAACAUAUUUGCCAUAA